GGGCGUGCCUCCACACCCAUCCAUUCUGGUCUUGAACUCUUCGUCACACGUUCAGCUUCGUGCGAGCGUCCUUGUGCCCCUUCCUUUUCUUGUCGUCCAGUUCCUUCGUCGUGCUUUCAGCGCCUGGCUCAUGUUUGCUCUGCCAUGUCUUCCGUCUCCAGUCUCACGCCAUCUUCUAGCUCAACCGUUGAACCCGUUUCCUUCGGCAGCUUGAUAACAACUUUUACAAGAACCUUGACUUCAGAAUCGGCCUCACUCGCUCACACUCUGUCAGGAAACGACAGCCAAACAGUACACGUGAGCUCCACAGACGGCACAAGCACAAGCAUGUCCACUGCCAGUCCGGGUGCCUCGCCCACGUCAACCUCACCACCGGGCUCCUCCCGUCUGUCUAAGGGCGCGUCCAUCGGAAUCGGCGUUGGCCUUGCCGUUGCAGCUCUGAUCAUCCUAGCCGGCCUGCUGUGGUUCUUCUCUACGCACAAGCGAAAACAAGAAGAUGUCAACGAUUUCGAGAUUGGACCAAACGUAACAGAUUACAGGAAAAAGACUACCUCAAUCGAUGCCAUCUCAUCACGUCCACCUACGAACCAAGGCACGCUUGCUGGAGUUCUGCAUGCUAGGACCGGCUCGAAAGGGUCAAGGCACUCGUACAAUGCGCCUGCAAUACCGCGCAUUAGCCCCGAAAUCUCCACAGACCCCAACGUCUAGGACGGGCCUAAAUCAGUAUUCAGAUUUGUGUGUGGCAUAGGUUUUUUUUUCCAAAGCAUUUGCACCAUCUCUUAAGCACCUAACUCGAAAAUGCACGUGCGAAAGGCUUUUGCAAAGCGCAUGCAUCCGCUGCCCCACCGGUUGAUACUUACAGGAAUUGUCGGACUCUCACGACUGCGUGAUUGAAUUUCAACUCAAUGCUGUUGUCGCUCAACCAAGAUCUCUAGCACGGCUUCCUGUAGAGUCUAGAAAAGCAGGGGCAGGUAUCGAGGUGCAAAGACUUCACGAAGAUCAUUACAAUAUGUUAAUCCAGCGCAACCAUAAGCCACACUAGCAAAUAUGCCGGGGCGCUUCAUUGCGUUUAAUGCGCAAGACGACAUUGCGGGACGACGCGAGCGGUUGUCGAUGUUAGUAAUCGGUGAAGUUGGAGGAAGCGCUAGCUCUCCACGUGCACGUCUACUCGCUUACACUCGCUUGUAAAGGUUGAACCAUUCAUCUUAGUUGAAAAAUUCCAGCACGAUAAAAGCGUCGACAGCGCCCUGGUCAAAGAAGAAAAACUCCGCCUAGAUAGAGCAUGGAUGGCAAUCCCUGUUGUAAUGUGGUGUUUUGCGCGGACUUGGGCAAUCCACCUGAUGACGGCGCGUUCUAUUUACACAUACGUGUCGUACCUAGAUAUCCUACUAGAGUACUCUUUACUGAUCGCUCAUCUUCGUACUCAGCUUUUGCAGGAUCAAACCUUCCUCAAAUUUGAUAUUUAUCUCUUUUGUCUCGGAAAUCUACAAUAUGAAGCUGCACAGUACUUUCUUCUCAAUGAUUCUGCCCGGGGAAGGCUCAGUUUGCGGAAUGUGGAUAAAUUGCGUAAGCCCUGUAUCUUGGAUCAGUGCCGCGAUUGCUGUGGAUGUAAAAUUUGUAGAAACUUGGCUUCAGAGUUGAUGAACUGCUGUCAUUCAAGGUCUAGAUAGUCAAUACGGCCGUACACGGGCUCGGGGGACCUGAGAGGUUGCCUCGAGGUGACAUGCGUUGAUUCUUUACCGCCAUGCUGGCAUUCCGAGCCCUAUCAUAGGCACCAGACACUUAAGGUCAUCUCCAUGAGAUUUCUGCCCACCUUGCUUGAGAUAUAGGCAAUCCGAGGAUGGACUUUUAAGCUCGCGUUGUAGAGAACUGACUCCAAGCUCCUGAGGAAAGGUCGAACACAAGGAAUGGAAGCGUUGAUACCCGACUAGCACGCUGACUCGGUCUUCUACACCAAAUAUGACACGUCGUGCCAAGACGAGUUAAUUCGAG